CAAGCACCACACCACCACACCACCACCACCAGCACCCCCAUUACAGUGACAUUUAGAAAUGGCUAGAGAACUCAAAUCUUCUCCUCAGUUCUUUCUUCUGCUUCUCAUCCUCUUCAUGACUAGCUUUAUCUUCUCCUACACAGAAGCUUCUCGUCCCUUCAAUAUUUUGAAGGCCUGUGUCCAUCCCAAGAAGGAGAACAUGGAAUUCUUUGAUGGCUUGUCUCUUGGAGCAAUCAAGGAUUCCGGUCCAAGCUCUGGUGGUGGAGGCCACAAGUCCACCAAUGCACAAACUAUCGGAGGGAUUAAAACCAGCGGUCCCAGCCCUGGUGAUGGUAACAAGUUCACCAACGGAAAGACUCUUGGAGGGAAAAAGAGCUCCGGGCCUAGCCCUCCUGGUGCAGGUAAUGGAAUGACUCUUGGAGGGAUUAAAAGUUCCAGGCCAAGCCCUCCUGGUGGAGGUAAUGGAAUGACUCUUGGAGGGAAAAAGAGCUCGGGGCCAAGCCCUCCUGGUGUAGGUAAUGGAAUGACUCUUGGAGGGAUUAAGAGUUCCGGGCCAAGCGCUCCUGGUGGAGGUAAUGGAAUGACUCUUGGAGGGAUUAAGACUUCCGGGCCAAGCACUCCUGGUGGAGGUAACAAGUUCACAACUGCAAAAACACUUGGAGGGAUUAAGGAUUCAGGUCCCAGCCAAGGUGGAGGCGGCCACAGGUUCAGCAAAACUCAAACCCUUGGAGGGAAUAAGACUUCCGGGCCUAGCCCUCCUGGUGGUGGACACGGCCACAAGUCCAACAACGCUCAAACCCUUGGAGGGAAUAAGAGUUCCGGGCCUAGCCCUCCUGGUGGUGGGCACUAGUAUGUUAAGGGCAUGCAACAGUGACUCCCAAUAAUGUUCCAACUCGGUCCUCUGCCUCACAAACUUCUUUGUUAAUUUAUUAGUUCAUUUAUUAUUCAACUACGUGAAUAUUUAUACUGUAAAGAUAUAGGA